AAAAAUCGGGAAAGGGAAGCUGGAAAGGCAAUAGAGCUAGUAGCAAAAAAUAGUUGCCAGCAAUUCCUAAACCUUGAACGAGAGAAGGCAAUUGAAAAUGGUAACAAGCCUGACCAGAACAAUUUGGUACCUAUUGCCUGUUCUUAUGACAUGGGGUGGCAGAAACGGGGGCGAGGUUUCAACUCUAAGACCGGACAUGCUGCAGUCAUGGGCCUUUCAACUGGUAAGGUCCUUGACUACACAACAAAAAAUAAAAUGUGCCGCUCUUGUGAUAAAGCUAAAAAGGCAGGGAAACAACCAAAUGACAACGACUGUAGAAAAAAUCAUUCGGGCUCUUCAAAGUCGAUGGAGCCUUUAGCUGCAGAUGAUGAUUCAAUGACUGAAUCUCACCUAAAGCAAAAGGUACCCUAUGGUGUUGAAAAAUGGAGUGAUACAGUUCACAUAAAAAGAUCCCUUACAUCACGCCUAUACAACUUGAGCCAACGAAGUAAGUUCCCCAACAGUUCAGCGUUGUCACAGAAAGCCAUAAAUUACCUUGAUAAAUCCUUUACAUACUGUAUUGCACAAAAUAAGGGGGAUGCUACAAACAUGAAAUCUGCGAUUCAAAGCAUUCUGCCUCAUGCAUUUGGUGACCAUAAUGGUUGUAGAGAAACAUGGUGUCGAUACAAGAAAGACCCUUCUCAUUAUUGUCACAGAGAUCUUCCCUAUCGCAAAGACCUCCAAGGAGAUAGCCUUCAACCAGCCCUGAAAUCUCUCUUUGAUGAAUAUAGCACAGAUAUUGUUAUAAACAAAUUUACACCUGCAGCAAAUUCUCUACAUAAUGAGUCUCUGAACAUUGUAGUGGGCUCGAAGAACCCCAAAAUUCGCUUUUACGGGGGAAGUGAAAGUAAUGAUUAUCGAGUGUCCUGCAGUGUCUCUCAAGUAAAUUUAGGUUACAGGUACAUUCCUCAAACUCUAGCGUCACUUAACAUAGAGCCAGGUCUUUUCUUUGUAGACCAUAAUACGGAAAUGGACAAGAAAAGUUCGAAGGACAAACAAAGGAAAUCAACAGUUGCAUUCAAGCGACGUCGAUAA